AUGACUGGCCAACACAUGCACGUGAUCGCAUACAAAUACCCCAUAUUUGGGCAGUACGCUCCGGAUCAAGAAUUAAAAAAAAGAGAGAAAAGAUACCAAAGCCUACUCCACCUAUAAAUCCUGGAUUAUUUUUUUCCUCUUCUUUACGACAGACUGCUGUGAAUUUUCCAUAAGAGGCUACAAAGAAAAAGCAAUGAUCAACAAAAAGCAGGAAAUACCCGCAACCCUCAUCACGUGUGUAGUUUGAAAAGAAAGUGUUGGUGGUUAGUAUUAGUUUUGAAAUGAACUCUCAUGUUGAGCGCUCCAGCUUUGGGCAAACAAGCAAGACGUCUGCCAACAGCAUGUUUACUUUCGAUGCAUCUGGGCGCACGUCCAGCCGUUAUGAGGGUGUUAACGUGAACGGGAUUUACUCCUGUCCCGUCCCCACGACCUCUGUGCAUCGGGAGGAGAUCAAAACUAGCCUGCGUGGCAACACGGAUGUUCCGCUCCCACCCGGACCGCAGAUAAGCAUGCUCUCCGGCGGCUCGCCCGUGGAGGCGAGCGGGCUCGGCUACGGACUACGCGCGGACAGAGACCCGGAGAGAAGCGCAAAACGCGGAGGUAACAGGAGCCAGGAGGGCGACCAAAACGCGGAAAAUGCGCAGACAGUGAAAAGAAAUGCGCACCAGCAUCAGGACAGUGAACAGCGGCCGCAGAUUUAUCCCUGGAUGACAAAACUGCACAUGAGCCACGAAUCGGAGGGUAAGCGCUCCAGGACCAGUUACACCCGGUACCAGACUCUGGAGCUGGAGAAAGAGUUUCACUUCAACCGCUACCUGAGCCGCCGCAGGCGCAUAGAGAUCGCCAACAGCCUGUGCCUAAACGAGAGGCAGAUCAAAAUCUGGUUCCAGAACAGAAGGAUGAAGUGGAAGAAGGACUCAAAGAUCAAAGUGAAGGAGUAAAAAAAAAAAAAGCAAUGAAGCACUUUUUUUUCCCUGCAGCUCCACACUUGCACAGAGCUGGAGUUGCCCGCCUGACCUUCGGAUGAACCGCUAUAAGGAGCAAUGACAUCAUGACACGGUUCUGUGUGCUUCAUCACCAAUUAUGUGUCACUUUCUGCGGUUUGGGACCUAAUGUAUUGAAUAUCGCUCACUAUGAUCAAUCGGUUUACAUUUCUAAAUUAAUUUGCUGCCUAUGCGAUGAUAGCCCCACUUUACUGCGCAAAAAGCGGGGGUCUGGUGGGAGGUGGGUCCUUAAAGGCUUUUGGUCCGCAUUGCGCUUAAAAAAAGCUGCACAACGUUAUUAAUAUGUGUUCAUAGUAUAGGGGACAGAGUAGUGACGGAGAGUUCUGGGCAUCAUUUCCAGCUCUGUGAGCGUGUAAUUAAAAAUUAAGGUCCGCGAAUAAGGAAAAAAAUAAAAUUAGUUAACUUAAAACAUUUUUUCUAAGAAGUCAGGAUUUUGUUGAAGGUUUGAGGUGUUUAGUUUGUCAUCCAUGUUGUCUGUCAUAACCUUGUGACUGUGUGUGAUAACACUGUAACGUGCAAUGAAGCUAUGUCUGUUUCCCUUAGUAAACUAAAGGUGCCUGGUACACACAAGGCCUGAUGGAUGGUCUGUUUGUUGAUUGCAACCAAUAAAAUCAUUAAAAAUAA